GACUUCGCCGCGUACUUGGCAUUUUGUGGGAUCGUUCUUCACAACGCACAACUCUACGAGACAUCGCUGCUGGAGAACAAGAGGAAUCAGGUGCUGCUUGACCUGGCCAGCCUGAUUUUUGAAGAGCAGCAGUCCUUGGAGGUCAUUCUGAAGAAGAUCGCUGCCACGAUUAUCUCCUUCAUGCAGGUGCAGAAGUGCACCAUCUUCAUCGUGGAUGGAGACUGCUCCGAUUCCUUUUCCAGCGUGUUCCACAUGGAGUGUGAGGAGCUGGAGCGAUCAUCCGACACUGUGACAAGGGACCGGGAUGGGAGCCAGAUCAACUACAUGUACGCUCAGUACGUCACCAGCACCAUGGAGGCGCUCAACAUCCCCGACGUCAGCAAGGACAGCAGAUUCCCCUGGGCGAAUGAAAACAUGGGGAACGUAAGCCAGCAGGGCAUUCGAAGUUUGCUUUGUACGCCUAUAAAAAAUGGAAAGAAGAAUAAAGUGAUAGGUAAGUAAGCUUUUCAUUAACCUCCACGCUGCCCUUACUAAAGAAAAAAAAAUAAUGUAUUCCCAGAAAUUUCUGUCUUUCAAGUGUAAAUUUAAAGAAUAAAAUGUGUAAAAGAUAAAAAUUGAAAUGAUAAAAGGAUGUUCAACUAACCACAGGCAUUUGGUGCAUGUCUUAUUAACUAUG